AUGUCGAACGACAUGACGGGCGAGCAGAUGCAGGCCAAAAUCACGGCCGCGAGGAGGGAAGCAGAAGCUCUAAAAGACAGAAUCAAACGCAAGAAGGAUGAACUGGCCGAUACAAGCUUACGUCAAGUUGCUCUUCAACACACCGAACCACUGCCUCGGAUAGGAAUGAAACCCAGGAGGAAUCUGAAAGGCCAUCUCGCGAAGAUUUAUGCCAUGCAUUGGUCAACGGAUCGGCGGCACCUGGUCUCUGCCUCACAAGACGGAAAGCUGAUUAUCUGGGAUGCGUACACCACGAACAAGGUCCACGCUAUUCCCCUUCGAUCAUCAUGGGUUAUGACUUGCGCCUACGCCCCGAGCGGCAACUACGUUGCCUGCGGCGGUCUUGACAACAUCUGCUCAAUCUACAAUCUUUCCACGAGGGAAGGCCCUACGCGUGUUGCCCGUGAAUUAUCGGGGCACUCUGGAUAUUUGUCCUGCUGCCGUUUCGUCAACGACCGAAAAAUCAUCACCUCGUCCGGAGACAUGACCUGUAUGUUAUGGGAUAUUGAGACCGGCUCCAAAGUUACCGAAUUUGCAGACCAUCUCGGCGAUGUCAUGAGUAUCAGCAUCAACCCGACAAAUGCGAACGUGUUCGUAUCUGGUGCCUGUGAUGCUUUUGCAAAGCUGUGGGAUGUGCGUACCGGAAAGGCGGUGCAAACGUUUGCUGGACACGAGUCCGAUAUCAAUGCCAUCCAGUUUUUCCCAGACGGCAAUGCUUUUGGGACAGGCUCCGAUGAUGCCUCCUGCAGACUGUUCGAUAUCAGAGCAGACCGAGAACUGAUGGCCUACCAGAAUGAACAAGUCCUCUGCGGCAUCACUUCCGUUGCCUUUUCAGUCUCUGGCAGACUCCUUUUCGCGGGCUACGAUGAUUUUGAGUGCAAGGUGUGGGACACCCUGCGUGGUGAUAAGGUGGGCUCUCUAAGUGGCCACGAGAACCGAGUCAGUUGUCUUGGUGUCAGCAAUGAUGGUAUCAGCUUAUGUACUGGAUCAUGGGACUCAUUGCUCAAAAUCUGGGCGUGGUAA